AUGCACUAUAUGUACAUUUUUUUUUUUUUUCAGUUUUUGAAGCACCUGAGAAAGGUGCAUUUCAACACUAAAGAUGGCGAAGAGGUUUACUUUGAUGAAAAUGGUGACCCAGUGGCAAAAUAUGAGAUAAUAAAUUGGCAACCAAGUAGAAAACAACACUAUGAAUUUGUUACUGUUGGACUUUAUGAUGCUUCUUUUCUGGGGAUGGAUCGUUUAGCUGUCAAUAUGGCAACAAUUUUAUGGGCAAAUAAUUCCACAAAGGUACCAGGGUCUGUGUGUAGUGAGAGUUGUCCCCCUGGCACUAGGAAGGCUGUGAAGAAAGGAAAACCUAUAUGUUGUUAUGACUGCAUACCAUGCACAGAUGGAGAGAUCAGUAACACUACAGAUUCUGUAACAUGUCUGCGGUGCCAUCAAGACUUCUGGUCAAAUCUGCAAAAUGAUGGAUGUGUUAAGAAGGAAACAGAAUUUUUGUCUUAUGAGGAGAUCAUGGGAAUUUUACUCACAACUAUUUCAGUUGUUGGCACAUUUAUAACAAUGAUAAUUGCAGUCAUAUUUUUCAGAUAUAAAAAUACCCCAAUAGUGAAAGCCAACAACUCAGAAUUGAGCUUCUUGCUACUAUUUUCAUUGAUGUUGUGUUUCCUCUGUUCACUUACUUUCAUUGGUCGGCCCACUGAGUGGUCCUGUAUGUUGCGUCACACAGCAUUUGGGAUCACUUUUGUUCUCUGUAUCUCCUGUGUUCUGGGGAAAACAAUUGUGGUAUUAAUGGCCUUCAGGGCUACACUUCCAGGAAGUAAUGUAAUGAAAUGGUUUGGCCCUCCUCAACAGAGACUCAGUGUUUUUGCCUUUACUCUUAUACAAGUGCUUAUUUGUGUGCUUUGGUUAACAAUAUCACCCCCAUUUCCUUUUAAAAAUCUUAAAUACUUCAAAGAAAAGAUCAUUCUAGAGUGUAAUGUGGGAUCAGUUGUAGGUUUCUGGGCAGUGCUGGGUUACAUUGGACUGCUUGCUAUUCUUUGUUUCUUUUUGGCUUUUCUGGCUCGAAAACUCCCUGAUAACUUUAAUGAAGCUAAAUUCAUUACAUUUAGUAUGCUCAUAUUCUGUGCUGUUUGGAUUGCUUUUAUACCAGCUUACGUUAGUUCUCCUGGAAAAUUCACUGUAGCAGUGGAGAUAUUUGCCAUUUUAGCCUCUACAUAUGGAAUGUUAUUUUGCAUAUUCAUUCCUAAAUGCUAUAUCAUUUUAUUUAAACCAGACAAGAACUCUAAAAAACAUUUGAUGAGUAAAGUACCCCAGAGAGCUCUGUGA